UGACCUCAAGUUCAUUCCAUACGUCGCUCCAAAAGCACCAAAAGAAGCUGUUAUUUCUACACCAGCCCUUUCGUCUUCUUCAACCUCCACUUCUGUCUCCACUAACUUAGAUUUAGAAAUUGUCCAAGAAGUUUUUGCUAAAGAUAGAUCAAAACUUUUGAAUUCUGACGAAUAUCUCAAAGACGAUGAUAUGGAAGAAGACUUAAAAGAUUUUACCAUUGUUACAAAAGCUACUUCCUUUGCAGUUGCUAGUAAUAUCAAGUUUACACACAAAGAAAGAACAACAGCAAAAUUAUUCUUGCUAUCAACAAUGUUUUUGCUUAAUGACGAUUUUAAAGGUGUUUUAGUUUAUCGCGUCAAUUUAACGCGUUCUGUAAUUAUCUAUUUUGCAAUGUCAAACGCAGCUGCCGCAGCUUUACACAUGACUAUUCCUGAUCUUAAGAUCGACACUUUUUCUAAUAUCCAACAAGUUUUCACCAAAUAUGGAACUGUUACCAAUUUUAAAAUGACAGUAAGAG